GUCAAUGGCGGCGUCCUUAGAGCGGCGGUAUCAUGGCGCCGAGCGUCGGGUAGACAACGGCAGGAUGGCGACAGUCGAGUACGAUCUCAACACGUCGGGGGGCCUGAUGCCCCAAAUCCAGGCACUGAUCGCUCCCCCGACGAGCGAAGAGCGCAAGCCACCCGUGCGCUGCCACCGUCCUGCGGCCGCGCCGUCAACCACGACUGCUGCGACAGCUGCAAAGAAGGCGGAGACCUCAUCUGCUGCGACAGAUGCCCUGCGACGUUCCACCUGCAUGCCA